ACCCUACGUUCACUCCCGGGUUGCGGGGCUGCCAUGGCGGCUGUGCGGGACGUGGAGAUCGAUCCUGAUGGCACGUUCAAGUACAUCCUGGUGCGGCUGCAGCGGCCUGGCGGCGGGGAGCAGCGCGACAUCGUGCGCGGCACCAAGGCGGCCGAGUUCCACAAUCACAUCUUUGAGAAAGUAAAUCCUGAGAUGGAGAAGCUGGGAUACGAGUGCAAGUGCCUUGGAGGAGGGAAAAUUGAUCAUAAUAGCAAAGAGAAGAAAAUUAGGGUGUUUGGGCUGUCUACAGGCUAUGGAAAAGCAGAUCAUUCGGUGACUGUAGAGAUACUGAAAAAAGUGUACACAGAUUAUGAAAUUACAUGGUCAGAUGACAAGAAAUAAAUUGGCUAUUUAUGAAUGUGACAAGCAGUUCAAAUCUGGAAACUUUCUGUGAGUUGUGCUUCAAUAAAUAGAAUGGAAUGUAUGUUAUCAUGAA